AUGUUUUAUGAUCCAGAUAAGUUCGACGCAGUUAUUGUCACCUUCAAGUUUCUAACUGUAUUUUCCUGUGGCUUGCUGUCAGGGGAGGCUUUAUUCCUUAGCAGGGCUCCAUACAAAUGUUUACUUGCUAUGUUAAAUGUUGACAAGAUAUCUUUGCGAGUUUUUCGUCUUUCUGGGACAUCAGCGAACCUUCAUAUGGUAAGAAUGUGAUGUUGUAUCUAAAAUUUUGUUGUGGAAGUUUCAAAUUGUACAGCAAGCAUUGCAAUGCUAUUUUUAUGUAGAUUAAUUCCUAUUCUAUAUUUGUUAAAUUUGUAUAUAUUUUAUAUUGUACUACAUUUAUGUCAUGUUGAGUAUCACAGUAGGCAGAUAAUUAAAACUGCCAAUUAUUUACCAGCAGACAUUUCUUAUGUAGUAAGGGGCCAUGUUCAUAUUCAUGUUGCCACAAAUAACAUCUAAUCAACAUAAUUACUUCACCCACCCACUCCAGAUAACAUCGAUCGAUUCAUCGAUAUUCAGUUGUCGAAUUUUGACUUUCAUAUUUAUGAUAUAAAGUCUGUACUUUGAUAGUUACUUUGGACAUAAUGUCGAUAAGUUCACAUAAAAACCCAUCCACCCACUCAUAACGUUGAUUCGACGUUAUUUGUGGCAACAUGAAUAUGGGCGUGACCCCUAAUACAAAUUUUUUUGCAAUAGACCUUUCCCCUUUUGAGUGAAAUUUUGAUCUAGACAAGUCUGGACAAAAAUUUCAUCACAGCUUGAAAGAGCAUCACAAAAUUAGUAAUAUUCCGAAGUUUCGUUGCGAAAUGUUGUAAAAUGCGGAUAAUAUAGCCUUGCGAAGUUUGCUGUUUUUCAGUCAUUUUACAUUACAAACAGGAAAUUGAUAAUCAGAUGAUCAAACUGACUAUCAAUUUCCCGUUUGUAAUGCAAAAUGACUGAAAAACAGCAAACUUCGCAAGGCUAUAUUAUCCGCUUGAUGCUCUUUCAAGCUGUGAUGAAAUUUUUGUUCAGGCAUAUCUAGAUCAAAAUUUCACUCAUAAGGGGAAAGGUCUAUUGCAUUCAGUCAAAUUACUGGUAGGUCUCUUCACCUUAGAGGUGUUACAUGUGGGCUGUAGUGUAUACUUAGGCAUGCAGGUAAUUUGUGUAUGUGUGCCACUGUAUCUGACUGGGAAGUUUGGAAAUUGUGUGACUGAGACCUAAAAAAAUUAAUAGUAAAAAGAUAGAAAGCAUCAAAAUUGCAUGCCCAAUAUCUCGGUUGUGCGAUACAAACUUUCCACACUGGUAUGUGUUUACAGAGGGAUCUCUGUAUGUGUUUACAGAGGGAUCAAUGUUAUAUAGCCUGUAUAUUAAAAUUAAACUAAAUAACAGUCUCUGCAGAGGAAAGUGUACUGGUAGUAAAAAUACUGCAAAGUAAAAAUGUUAGAAUUUUUUCUUAAAAGUUUUUAGCAACUUGUUCUAAUUAUCGAAUUGUUUAUUAGACGCCAGUUAGGGGAAACUACGGUGUUGGAAUCUGUUUAUUUUUAUAAAAUAUCAACUUUAUGCUGUAUUACCAGCAGUUUACUGACGAUGAUAGCUGGCUGCCGGCUAUCGUGAAAUUUUUCAAUCUUUUAUUAAAUAAGAAUUCUUGUUUUCAGUAUCUUUCAUCACAAAGGAUUUCAUCACAAUAAGUAUUACGUUUAAGUGCUGCCUGCCAGAACAUGAUGGUGGAUUCUUGGUAAUUCAGAUGAAAAUUAAAUAGCAUCUGAAACAAUUAUUCCACAUGAUUGUCCUGCAUGAUUUGAACAUAUUCUUCCAUGCAUCUAUUUACUAAAUAUGAAUAUGCGAUUCGAUGAUAAAUAUAUUUAAAAAAUAUGCCUGCCCACAUGGAAUUUUUUUGCUGCUACUGAUGAUUAGUUGCAGUUUUACUAGGUAACUAGCUGUCUUACUAAGAGUCACUUUAUUCCAAUUAAAUAUAUGUAUUAUUUAAUUGGGUUUAUAAUGGUUAAUUUCUAUGUUAAUUGACUUCCUAACUUGAAAUGUCAAUAGUAAAACAUGUUAUCUUGUUGUAACAGUAUCGACUAAAUUUGUUGGCAUGUUUUGCUGGGCUUGCUGUGUUCAUGUUGGAAAUACGAGACAGACAAUACUGGCUAUACGGAACACUGGGAGUGCUUCUUGUCCUGCUUUACACCAAGUUUUAUUUAUGUCCGAGGAUUAUUGACCAUUUGUUGGAGCCUGAUUUCACCAAGAAAAGUAAGUGUAAAAUAGGUUAGGAAAUAUAGCUUGAUGUUUAAUUUAAUACUUUGGUGUAAAUUGUAAAAGAGAUGCACUAUUGCCAUGAUGUAGAUCUAUCACACUAUUCUAGCAGUUCACUAUAAGGGGAAUGAUCUAUCGUGAACAUAGGUGGUAGUGGAGGUUAGACAGACUCUAGGGACAUCCAAGUGUUUUCUAUAUGGUAUUUAAUAAUUUCCUGCCUUCUGUGUUGAAAUUUAAUCUGCAGUUCUUACAUUUUAGACAGUAAAGAAUCUGACACAUUUGUAUUAAUUAAACUCUCCCCCCCUCUGAUUGCUCUUGAAGAGCGUGCAAGCUUCAACUUUUGGGGACAUAGCCCUCCCCCCCGGCUCUGUUGCCUUGAACAGGAUGAUUUAUCUCGAGUCAAUUGUGAUGCAUAUUAUAAAAUUGUAUUUUUUGCUUUCCACAAGUAGUAUUUGUUCCGGACAUGCAUGUGAUACGUACUCUGCAUUCUUUUCCAGGUGAAAGCCAUACAAACUUAAUGAUUUUGAAAUUCCAACAAGGGCACCACGGAAGAACUGUGCUAUCAUGCGCAACAUUUGUCUGGUUUAUAUACAGUCUAUAUGUCUCGUAG